GAGUCUUAGGCUCUGUGACGCGCCGCCGUCGCGCUGCUGUGCUGUGGACGACGCGUGUCCCGGGCGGCGUUCGGAGGCCCAGCCAGGAGUUAUUGGACCCUCUGAACACCAUCCCUGGAACUCAGAUUAAAAAUCUGUCUUCUCAUCUGAACCGUGGGAAGAAAGGAUAGUCGGUGGGUGCUGCUUCUCCUACUUGAAGGGCACGAUGUUUUCCAGACUAGCUCAUCUGCAGACCAUCGCUGUGCUUCGUCGUGGAGUUCAUUCCUCAGUGGCUUCUGCUACGUCUGUUGCCACUAAAAGGACAAUCCAAGGUCCUCCAUCUUCUGAUUACAUCUUUGAGCGAGAGUCCAAGUAUGGGGCACACAACUACCACCCUUUACCUGUAGCCCUGGAGAGAGGAAAAGGUAUUUACGUAUGGGAUGUAGAAGGCAGAAAAUACUUUGACUUCCUGAGUGCUUACAGUGCUGUCAACCAAGGGCACUGCCACCCAAAGAUUGUGAACGCUUUGAAAAGUCAAGCAGACAAACUGACCUUAACAUCCAGGGCUUUCUAUAAUAACGUGCUUGGUGAAUACGAAGAGUAUGUUACUAAACUUUUCAACUACCACAAAGUUCUUCCUAUGAAUACAGGAGUAGAGGCUGGAGAGACGGCUUGCAAACUUGCUCGUAGGUGGGGAUAUACCGUUAAGGGUAUUCCAAAGUACAAAGCGAAGAUUAUUUUUGCAGCUGGAAACUUCUGGGGGAGAACUUUGUCUGCUAUCUCCAGUUCUACAGACCCAAGCAGUUAUGAUGGUUUUGGACCAUUUAUGCCCGGUUUUGAAAUCAUUCCGUACAAUGAUCUGCCCGCUCUUGAGCGUGCUCUUCAGGAUCCAAACGUUGCGGCGUUCAUGGUAGAACCAAUUCAGGGUGAGGCGGGCGUCGUGGUUCCGGACCCCGGCUACCUGAUGGGCGUGCGAGAGCUCUGCACCCAGCACCAGGUUCUGUUUAUUGCCGAUGAGAUACAGACAGGAUUGGCCAGAACUGGCAGGUGGCUGGCUGUGGAUUAUGAAGGCGUCAGACCUGAUGUGGUUCUUCUGGGAAAGGCCCUUUCCGGUGGCCUAUACCCUGUGUCGGCGGUGUUGUGUGACGACGAAGUGAUGCUGACCAUUAAGCCGGGGGAGCACGGCUCCACGUACGGAGGGAACCCGCUGGGCUGCCGAGUGGCCAUCGCAGCCCUGGAGGUUUUAGAAGAAGAAAACCUUGCCGAAAAUGCAGAAAAAAUGGGUAAUAUACUGAGGAAUGAGCUCAUGAAGCUGCCGUCUGACAUUGUCACUGCCGUCAGGGGGAAAGGAUUACUAAAUGCUAUCGUUAUUCGAGAAACCAAAGAUUAUGAUGCUUGGAAGGUGUGUCUGCGGCUUCGCGAUAACGGACUUCUGGCCAAGCCGACCCAUGGCGACAUCAUCCGGUUUGCCCCUCCGCUUGUGAUCAAGGAGGAUGAGAUUCAGGAGUCCGUGGAAAUCAUUAACAAGACCAUCUUGUCCUUCUGAGGGGAGCGACUGUUCUCAGUGGUGCCCGUGCAGCUGGAGACGGCGGUCCCCGUGCCUCACGUGGGCAUGCACCACUCCCCAGCGUCUUCGAGGACUUUUUAAAAUAUGUCUUUUUUUUUCAGUUCAUGCAUAAUAGAAUGGCAUUUAUAAACACAGUUAGCUGUGUAAUGUGUAAGAGAAUGGAAUGGCCUCUCUGAUGAAGUUUCUGUGUGCGUGUGUUCUUUCUGGAAGUGAAAUGUACCUACUGUAUAUAGAGAGCCUUUUAAUCAAGCCCUUCAGUAUAAUUUAUAUGUUUUUAUAAUUUCCAUACUGAUACAGAUGUUUCAUAUUUGAAAAAGUGAUAUGGGGUCGUACGUGGAAGACUUGUUUAACCUUAUAAAGUUAAAUUAUAAUCACUGAAUUUUAGGAAGGAUUAAUGUUAAGCUUAAAUAAAACACUAAGAUUUAAGGAAACUUUGUACUGGCCAACACCAGGGUGUAGCCCAUGAAUGUAAUUUUUAAUUAGAAAUUAGUGUUUAACAUUCUCAAAUUAUGUUUUAAGUGAUAUAAUUUGUAAGAAGAGUUUAUUUUUUGUUUUUCUUUAAAUUUAAAGUAAAGCCUCUAUUUAAAGUGUCUGUUAUGAUGGCAGUGUCACUGAUUACCUAACAUUUUUAAGCUCUUUGAGAAUGUUCUUUAUUGUGUGUGUUUUUCUAAGAGCCUUUCAGUGUCUUUGAUGAUAUUUAGAAAAAUAGAAAUUAUAAAAAGAAAGUCUCUUAUUAUACUCCCUUUUCCCCUUUGACAAUAAUUGCUUUUUUCCUGUGCUUAUAGUGGUAUUUACCAUUUUUAUUAAAGUAUCCUUAUUAUGCAUGGUA